CGCGAUUGGAUCUCCUGGAGAGCCGAAGUCUUCAGUUCCAAAAGCAGCCGGCAGGCGUCGCUCUUGACAACGGGAAGCGACCGCACCGCAGCUCGCUUGACGUCCCCUCCGCGUCCUGCGAGCGCGCAAAUCGUUUUUCGCUCGGGGGACCUUUUUCCAGAGGAAGUGCGGGAAGAGGGAGGAAAACGGAGAGAGGGAGCCUGAUUUGCUGCAGAUGCCGAAGCGAGCGAGGCGGCAUCUCCGAUGGGGAGCUCGUUCGAAAGGAAAGCUCGCCGCUCUCCGCCUGCCUCUCUUUCCUUCCCGGCUCUAGCCUCGGCCCACUCGCUCGAGCCAACCGGGUUGAGACGCCCCGACCAGAAGCCGCUUCGGCCGCUUCCCGUCUGCCGGUGCCAGCCUUUCCCGCCGCCUCCCCCGUCCGCGCCCGAGGGCGGCGGCGGCAUCCAUGGCUGCUCCAACCGGCCAGCUUCUGCAGUGCAGCGUCCGGCUGCUUUUCCUCAGUGAGGAGCAGCUCCGGGAAGGGCUGCCGAUCUCCCAGCCCGCCCAGAAAGCCCCCCUCCGCCUGGAGCUUUGCGCGCGGGACGGAGGCGCCGAGGUGGCCGUGACAGACGUUGAUGGGGUGUGUGCAUUUAAAUGCUUGGUUAAUAAAGAUACUGAAUAUUGCCGUGUAGGAAAAGAGUCCAUUUUGAUAACACUUGGUUACAACAGCACCUUACUACAAUUUACGUCACAUUCUGAAUAUAACAUGUUUUCAAAUGCCCUGAAAAGCUGUAGGAAGAUAAAUAAGGAACAUUCUGUAUUCAGUCAGAGAACAGAAGACUCCUCUGCAGCUCAGUAUUUUCAGUUUUAUGGAUGCUUAUCUCAACAACAGAAUAUGAUGCAGGAUUUUGUAAGGACGGCUACAUAUCACAGAGCAAUACUUCAGAAUCAUACAGAUUUUAAGGAUAAGGUGGUCCUAGAUGUUGGAUGUGGAUCAGGGAUUCUUUCAUUUUUCGCUGUGCAAGCUGGUGCUAGAAAAGUCUAUGCUGUUGAAGCUAGCUCGGUGGCUAAAUAUGCCGAGAUUUUAGUCCAGAGUAACAACGUGGCUGAUAAGAUCAGUGUUCUCUCAGGAAAAAUUGAGGAAAUCACUCUACCUGAAAGGGUAGAUGUUAUAGUUUCUGAGCCAAUGGGUUACAUGCUGUUCAAUGAAAGGAUGCUGGAAAGUUACCUUCAUUCCAAAAAAUGGCUGAAGUCCAGUGGAAUGAUGUUUCCAACAUUUAGUGACAUUCAUUUGGCUCCUUUUUCCGAUGAACAACUCUACAUGGAACACUACUCCAGAGCCAAUUUUUGGUAUCAGCAAUGUUUUUAUGGGGUAAAUCUGUCCGGUCUCCGUAAUGCAGCUGUAGAUGAAUACUUCAGACAGCCCAUUGUAGACACAUUUGACAUUAGAAUUUUGAUGGCCCGGACUGUGAAAUACACUGUUAGUUUUCUAGAAGCAGAAGAGGAAGAUUUGCAUAGAGUGGAAAUCCCCUUUGUGUUUCAAAUGAUGCAAUCUGGAUUAAUUCAUGGCUUGGCAUUUUGGUUUGAUGUGGCAUUUGUUGGCUCAAUGGUAACAGUUUGGCUCUCCACUGCUCCAACCGAGCCUCUGACCCAUUGGUAUCAAGUUCGCUGCCUUUUCCAAACUCCUCUCUUUGCCAAAGAAGGGGAGACACUUUCAGGGGAGGUCUUAUUUGUAGCAAACAAACGGCAGAGUUAUGACAUCCAGAUUGUUGCCAUAGUGGAUGAGACAGGCUUUAAAUCAGGCAAUGUGCUUGAUUUAAAGAAUCCGUUCUUUAGGUACGCUUAGAUGUGAUGAAACUAACCUGCUGGAAGAACAGCCAGGAUUAUAACAAACCAAGGAGUCUAUGAACAGUUAAAUACGAGCAUAUUGGCAUUGCUGCUUCUGUGAAAUCUGUAUGUACGUAUUAAAAAAAAAUAUUUUCUACAAAUUGUAUAAUAUUUGUGAAAACUAUUUUUUCAGAUGUAUAUCUCCAGCCUUUAAACACAUCUGUUUGGAACUGUAAUCCACUGUAAUGAAUAAAUGAUACUUGGUUGACGUGGCACUUUUACUUUGAAAUUUCUUAUGGUGGAAUCAGCAGGAGCAAGUAAAUAUGUAAGGUACAGUAUAAAUUUGAAAUGUUAGUCCCAUGUUGUUUUUCGGGAAUUAUUCUGUUUGUCUGUGGAGAUUCUCAAUCAUCCAGGUCAUGGUUGCCCCGAAGGUGCUUUUUUUCAGAAGGCAGCUGAAUUUUCUUGUUUCUUUUCCUUUGAAAACAUUUCACUUCCUGAAUGAGAAACAAAACGUUUUCAAAGGAAAAACCAAGAAAGUCCAGUUGCCUUUUAGAAAAACCAUCUUUGGGACAAUCAUUCUGUUUGUUCCAACUAAUUGAAAUUGUAUUGCUACAGGAGAUUGUAUUUGGUUUCUCUUUCUAAUGCUGACAUUCCUUUCACUUUUAUUCCUUUUCCUGAAAUAUUUUUAACAUAACCUACCUCAUACCUCUUUCUCUUUGUAGGAUAUAUGGGAGUAAUAUGGAAAAAAAGCUAAGAUUAUACUUCAGUCUGUUUUAGUACUGGCAAUGUAAUUUAAAAUAUUGAAACAUUUAAAUAUCUAAGAGUUUAUUUUCAGCUAGCCAAUAAUAAAUAAUUAACUACCUUAUA